CUAAAUCAUAUUCAAUUGAAGAAUGCUUUAAUAAUAAUAAUCAUAUUCUUCCAAUAUAUGGGAUAUCUCAAAAUCCAGAGACAGGAAAUUAUAUAUUAGUUCUUGAAUAUGCAAAUGAAGGAAACUUAAAUGAGUACAUUAAUAAGAUUUAUCAUUGGCCAGAUAAAUUGGAACUAUUAAUUGGAAUUAUUAAUGGACUUAAAAAAAUUCAUGAAAAUCAGAUGGUUCAUCGUGAUUUUCAUAUAGGAAAUAUAUUAUGUAGUGGUACUUGUACUGUAUAUAUUUCAGAUAUGGGAUCAUGUGGAGAAGUUUGUAAUGUAGAUAAAACAAAAAUUUAUGGAGUUAUGCCCUAUGUAGCUCCCGAAGUAUUAAGAGGAAAUACUUAUACUCAAGCGGCAGACAUAUAUAGUUUUGGUAUGGUCAUGUAUUUUGUGGCAACCAAAAGACAACCUUUUGCCAAUUAUGCACAUGAUCAAUAUCUAGCAUCAAGUAUAUGUAAUGGAAUUAGACCCGAAAUAAAUGAGUCAGAAAUACCAAAAUGUUAUAAUGACUUAAUGAAAAAGUGUUGGGAUCCAAAUCCUAAGAAUAGACCAGAUGCUGUUAAAGUGGAAGAGUUGAUUCAACUUUUUUGUAAUUCUUAUAAUAAUUCAUAUAAUGUAUAUAACGGAGAUAAGGAAAUUAGAAAGCAAUUUGAUGAAUCAGAAGAAUAUAUAAGGGCAAAUCCUUCAUCUACUGAAAAUAUUCAGUUAACUACUCAUCCAGAAGCAUAUUAUACAUCUCGUUUACUUAAUCCUUAUACAAAAGAUCUUUUAAAGUGUGAUAAUAAUUCAGUAAUGAUUGAUUUUACAAAGUCAUCAAUUAAGAAUGAAAAUGAUUAAUCAGAACAGUCAAA